AACGGACCCUAAAAGAUUCGUCUCUGUUCUUGGGCCUUUUCACUCCCUGUUAUCUCCCGCCACUCUCAGUUUCAGCCCUAAAGCAUCCUCAGCAUCAACUUGCUUCAGCCGCAAAGCCAAACUACGAAGAACGAAAAAAGAAAGCAAUGGAGAGUUCUACUGUUAUCAUGGACCCAAUGGACUUGAAGAUGACUGAGCUCCUUAAGGAGGUCCAGCUUGACUACUCUCCAACGGUGACUCGCUUCGUCGACGAAACAGUUUCCGCCAUUAGAGAAGCUAUCGACAAAAUCCCUGAGGACGUCAAGGUUAGUGCAGAUGCAGCUCCCGGUUUUAUCAGAGACAUUGGUGCAGAUAAAUAUGAGUUCACUUUCAAAAAGCCAACAUUUUUCGAAAUCAGUGGUAGUUAUUCUACACGUUCAAUCGCCAAGCCUAACGUGAAUGUUGAUCUCCUCAUUCGCAUGCCCAAGGAGUGUUUCCAUGAGAAAGACUACCUGAAUCACCGUUACCACGCCAAAAGAUGCCUUUACCUCUGCAUCAUUAAGAAUCAACUGAUAUCAUCCUCCCAAUUCCGCAAGGUUGAAUGGUCGACCUUCCAAAAUGAGGCACGGAAACCUGUUUUGAUUGUAUACCCAGUUCAGGAGCUCGUUGAACUUCCUGGGUUUUUUGUUAGGAUAACUCCAACAGCAACUUCCUUGUUUAAUGUUUCAAAGCUAAAUUUGUCAAGGAACAAUGUUCGUGCACUAAACGAAGUAGAAGGGCAGUAUGUUCCGCGGGCUGCACCAAAGUAUAACAACAGCAUUUUGGAAGAUAUGUUUCUAGAGGAUAAUUCGGAAUUUGUGACGAAAACUUUUCUUGGGUGGAAGGAAUUGGGAGAGGCUUUAAUUUUGCUGAAAAUUUGGGCUCGUCACAGAAGUACUAUAUACGUCCAUGAUUGUUUGAAUGGAUUCUUGAUCUCUUUCAUUAUGUCAUACCUUGCUACGGAAUCUGGAGGAAAUCGUAUUAACAGGUCAAUGAAGGCGAGGCAGAUUUUUCGUGUUACAUUGGACUUCAUAGCCAUUUCAAAGUUAUGGGAGAAGGGCCUUCUGCUUCAGCCUCAAGGUCGACCCAGUAUGUCUAAGGAGGAAAGAAGUCAAUGUCUCCAAUUAUUUCCAGUAGUAUUAUGUGAUUCGUCAGCUCAUUUUAACCUGACAUUCCGAGUGACAAGGAGUGGUUUCUUAGAGCUUCGAGAUGAGGCUGCUGUGACACUUAAUUGCAUGGAUAAAUGUAGAGACGGUGGAUUUGAAGAGGUUUUCAUGACCAAGGUCGACUUGCCUGCUAAAUAUGAUUAUUGCAUAAGGUUGAAUUUGAAAGGAAGAAGUGAGGUUUAUGCAUCUGGCUUUUGCUUGGAUGAUGAAUGUUGGAGAAUAUACGAGGGCAAGGUACAUUCUCUUCUAGAGCAAGGACUAAAUGAUAGGGCAAAAGUUAUUCGUGUUACCUGGAGAAGCACUCCUCCUGACUGGACUAUGGAAGAGGGUUUCUCAAAGUUUGAUAGUGAGCCGUUGGUUGUUGGGAUACUAGUUAGUUGUUCUGAGAAGAGUUUUAGAGUUGUUGAUGUUGGCCCACAUGCUGAGAACAAAGAGGAGGUUCUCAAGUUCCGAAGGUUUUGGGGAGAGAAGGCAGAGCUUCGGAGAUUUAAAGAUGGGACUAUUGCAGAAAGCAUAGUAUGGGAGUGCGAGCAAUGGGAAAGACAUCUCAUUAUCAAAAGAAUUACUGAAUUUGUUCUUACUCGGCAUCUUUCCCUGUCAAAUGAGAAUAUGGUACAUUUUGCAGAUCAGCUUGAUUUCAGUCUUCUGCAUGGUGUUCGAGAUCCAAUCUCAAGUUCUGGAAGUCUUCUUGCGGCAUAUGAAGCUCUGGCAAAGUGUUUGCGUGCUCUGGAUGACAUUCCUUUGAGGGUAUCCAGUGUACAGCCUUUAGACUCAGCCUUCAGGUUCACAUGUGUCUUCCCUCCUGAACCGCAUCCCCUGGCAAAUGAAAGGGUUGUUGCCAAAAAAUUACCCAAGCUCACUUCAACUUGUAUUCAACCACUGGAAGUAAUGAUUCAGUUGGAGGGUUCAGGGAACUGGCCAAUGGAUGAUGUAGCAAUUGAGAAGACUAAAUCUGCUUUCCUCCUGAAAAUUGGAGAAAGUCUCCAGAGCAAAUGGGAUAUGACUUGUAUUGCUACUGAGGAUGAGCUGGAUGUCCUAACGUCUGGAUAUGCAUUUCGUCUUAGAAUCUUGCAUGAAAGAGGCCUGAGCUUGUUGAGAAAUCAAGUUGGAAAUGAUAAAAUGAAGCAUGUCUCUUCUAUGGACAAGGAACUUUUUAUACACGGUCAGCAUUCUAGCAUGAUAAAUGGUUUACAAGGUCGUUACCCUACAUAUGGGCCAGUUGUGCGGCUUGCAAAACGAUGGGUUGCUUCACAUCUAUUUUCUGCGGUCCUAGCAGCAGAGGCAAUUGAAUUAUUGGUUGCUUACCUCUUUUUGAAGCCUUUGCCAUUUAAUGCUCCUUCUUCACGGUUAACUGGAUUUUUAAGGUUCUUGCGGUUGCUAUCAGACUAUGACUGGACCUUUUCUCCUUUGGUUGUGGACAUAAACUGUGAUAUGUCAUUGAAAGAUGAAAAAGAGAUUAGUGAAAACUUCAUGUUAAGCAGAAAAUCUUAUGAAAAAAAAGCUGAAAAUUUGGAACCAGCGAUGUUUUUGGCUACAGCAUAUGACAAGGCAUCUGAAGCUUGGACCAAAUGCUCACCCAACACAUUUGAACUUAAAAGGAUGAUGGCCUAUGCUAGAAGCAGUGCACACUUCUUGACAAACCUUGUCCUGCAUGAUCAGAUUAAUUCUCAUAGAUGGGAGUGUCUGUUCCGAACCCCUUUGAACAACUACAAUGCCAUUAUUCUUCUCCAGAGGGAUAGGCUGCCUUAUCCACAACGUCUCCUUUUCCCGUCUGAUAUGGAACAAGGUGGGAGAUGUGUGGCUCAAGGGAAUGCAAGCAAGCAUUUCCAUCCCUACAUGUUACCAGGAGACAUGCAUCAAAGUUUAGUGGAAAUGAAAAACAAGUUGAUGGUGAACUUUGAUCCGGUGAGGUGCUUUGUGGAGGACAUGAAGAGAGAAUUCUCUGAUUCAUUAAAGGUGUGGUAUGAUUCUCUUGGAGGUGAUGCUAUUGGCCUAACCUGGGAGAGACAAUGUUCAAAGAAACGGGGUCGAGAAGAAGUGGAACCCGAAGAACAAGAUCCAGUUGACAUGUUGAAAGAUGUCGGCAAGGUGGGGAAAGGGUUUGUAAGAAGAGUCUAUUAUCUCAAGGCUCCUAAGUUAAGGAGCUAAAUGGGAAAGAAAAGCUCAGAAUUUAAAAAUCCAUCUUCAAGUGUAAUUCGUUUAU